AUGGCUGCUGCCUUGUUAAAGACGAUCACUUUGUUCGCUCUGUCUUCCCUUCUGAUCCUUAACGGAGCCAUCGGCGAUCUGAUAUGCGAGGAGUUGCCAGUAGAGCUGUGCGCCUACUCGAUCUCGGACACAGGGAAAAGAUGCGUGCUGGAGAACUACUUGGCCAGGAAGGGGAUGGUGAAGUACCAAUGCAAGACAUCGGAAGUGGUGAUGGAGACGAUGAGCGGAUGGAUCGAGACGGAAGCAUGCAUCAACGACUGCGGCCUUGACAGAAACGUCGUUGGGAUCUCUUCUGAUUACCUUCUCUCCCCAAACUUCGUUGCCAAGCUCUGCUCCCAGCCGUGUUUCAGAAACUGCCCCAACAUCCUCGAUCUCUACUCCAACUUGGCUCAAGCUGAAGGAAUGAACUUGCAUGAUAUCUGCAGCAGGGGAAAUGCUGUUUCUCGUCGCGCAUUGUACAUUUUGCCCAAGAGUUCAGGCGGUGCUGAUGGUGGUGCUGCAGGAACUUCUGGGGAAGGAAAUGGAGCAAUUGGAAGCCCAGUCGGUUCUCCUCUGUCUUCCCCUGCUUUUCCUUUUGCGGAUGAUGGUUCUACUACUGCAUUUGCUCUUUCGCCUGACAGCUUCUGA